GGAACUGGCUGCAAGUCAAAGAGACAAGCAUUAAUCAAUACACAAGCUGGAAAAGUGGUCCAACUCGAGGCACAAUUGGCCGCGGUGACAACAAGAUUAGAAGAACAUGCUCAACGAAAUCAAGAGCUGACAACUAGAUUAGAAGAUCAAGGAAGGCAUAAUCUAUUGUUGAACCAGAGAUUUGAGAAACUAAUGGAAAUGGUAGAAAGUCAACAACAUAUGCCAUCAUCAUCAGAUACUCAAUCUGAAGAAACUCUAAGUCGGGAAGAGAGGGUUGAAGAAGAGUUUGAAAGGGAGCAAUGUUAUUUGAAGGUGAUGAAUCUGAAUCGAAAGAGGAUUUCACCAACAAAAAAGUCUUCUGCUCCAAAGAAGAAGAAGAAGUGAUUUUUGGCUUGUGCAAGGAAGAUGGGAGUGGGACAAGAAGCAUCUUUAUGGAUCAAAUUUGAGCUAUGAUGAUUCAAGAGAAACAAAUUUUUAUUCAUCAAUAUUGUUGGCCCUAUGAAUUUCAACGUAGUUAUUUUUAUAUGAGUUUGAAUAAUUAUGAUACAAUAAGUACGAUUGUUUUAGCUACUUAUACAUUUGGGAUGCUAUUGAUUUCAUUAAUAUUUGGCUUAUAUAUUCUUUAUUUAAUUUGAUGCAAAUGUGGAUAAUAUAUGGUAUUAAAAUUUAUAUAGAAA